CUGGCCGCUCCGUUGCCAUUGUGUGCGAGAUAGUAAAUACUGACAGUGCCAGGCGGGCUCUGCACAUACUUCGCUGCGCGAAAUAAAAACACGUUCACCAAAGUGACACAUUGAAGUUUAACCCUCCCAGGUGACUGAGUAACUAUGGCCCGUACCAAGCAAACCGCCCGUAAAUCGACAGGAGGUAAGGCUCCUCGCAAGCAGCUGGCCACUAAAGCUGCGCGGAAGAGUGCGCCCUCUACUGGAGGAGUGAAGAAACCUCAUCGCUACAGGCCCGGAACCGUGGCUCUGCGUGAAAUCCGUCGGUACCAGAAGUCCACUGAGCUGCUUAUCCGUAAGCUGCCAUUUCAGCGCUUGGUGAGAGAAAUCGCCCAGGACUUUAAAACGGAUCUGCGUUUCCAGAGUGCAGCUAUCGGAGCUCUGCAGGAGGCCAGUGAGGCGUACCUGGUGGGUCUUUUUGAGGACACCAACCUGUGUGCCAUCCAUGCCAAGCGCGUCACCAUCAUGCCCAAAGACAUCCAGCUGGCGCGCCGCAUUCGUGGGGAGCGUGCUUAAACCCCACCCCUUCCUCCUCCCUCCCACUUUUUGCAUUUUCUCUCUCUCUCUCUCACUCUCUCCAUCUCUCCCCCCCCCACUCAUCUCCUCCCUCUUUCUUGGUAGAGUUUAGAAUAUCAGCGACGGGGAGGCCAGUGUGUUUCAGUCUUCUAGUGCUGUCUCACUGACGCGUAGGGUACCUGUAUGUGCAUGUAACAGAUGCUGCUGAUCACACACACGCACACACACACACACACACGUGCGUGCACACACACACACGCACACAAUUGGAGCAUAAACGAGGUCCACCCUUGCCCAGCUUGGGGUCUUUCAUUUUUAUACACUCACACACACACACACAGCUGUUGAGAGCAGGAGAGCAGAUGGGUGGCAUCUGGGGUAAGUCUGCUUAAGGGGAGCGGUAACUUCCACAGCAGGGUGCUACUAUAACUGCCCUAGACCACCCUUACCCAGAACCCUCUCAGUUCCAUGGCCCUGUCCUCAUCCAAUCCCUUCCACAUGUACCUACCAUUGCCUGUCCGGGCCCCUCCCUUGUCUCUCCCUCUGUUGGCGGAGUUGUGUGUGUGUCCACGAGCACGUCACUUUUUGAGGUUUGUUUUUGUUUGUUUUUGUUUUUUGUUCCGUGUGUGUGUGCGUGCGUGCGUGCAUGUGCGUGUGUGUGUGAGUGGGUGGGUGAUGUGAUCAGCAAAGCAGAAUUGUAUUCAACUGCAGACCAGCAUCUAUUGGUUAAAAAGUUGUUAAUUAUAAUAUUGAUGAUUACUAUUGUUGAUAUGGUGUCCUUUUGUUUUCUAUGACGCAUACAUAUGACUUGUUUUACCACUGUUAGGGGAAAAGGCAAACCUACAAAAAAAUUUGAAUGAGGUCAUUUUGUUCUCUUUAUUAUUAUUAUUAUUAUUAUUAUUAUUAUUAUUAGCAUUAUUAUUAGUAUUAUUAUUACUUGUCUGUGAUUGCCGAUCUUGCUCCUCCUGUUAUAAAUUCAGGCAGCCACAGGGGGGCGUUCUAAACCAGCCUCUCAUUCAGUCUCACUGUUCCCCAGAGGAGAAAAAGAAGAGAAAGGAAGAAAAGGGUUUCUUUCUUUCUCUUUCUCUUCUGUCUUUUCUCCCUCCUUCCUUCUCUCCUUCCUCAUUGCCUCUUUUCUCCCUUUCUUUUCCACAGGUCGGCAUUUUGUCACAAAUUGUAGCAAAAAAAAUCACAUUUAGUUGGAAUGUUUCACCCUUUGUGUGAACCUCUACUCCGGUCGCUCUCGUGUAAUGCACACAGUAUAACCUCAUGUUUCUGUUUAUUUUUCUUAUUCAGAAAUUUAAAUAAGCUGAUCUUUGUAUUUUCCAAAUUUCUCAUACUAUGGUGGUAAUAAAUAGAUGUUACACA